GCCGGGUACACAUUUCACACGAGUCGCCAUGCUACAGCUACAUCGUUGUUGCCAUAGUCGCCACGACUUACGCCACGAUUCCCGGAUCGCGACGGGAUUUUACCUGCGGAUUGCGUGCUCACUCACUUUAUCUUGUUUCGAGUCUGCUCCUUAGCGGGGUGUUCGAUAUGGACGCGCAACUGCACCAGAGCGGCUCCCAAUCCUCCCUCUCGCAAGCUCACGUCGAGCGGGGCUCGUUACAGUCACAUCGGGAAAUCGACGCGCUACGAUGCGUGCUUCCAUGGCUGCCGCAGCGCGACCUAUGCGCCGCGGCGUGCGUGAGUAGGGAACUAAGAACCGCAGCUUAUCAGCCCGAGCUGUGGAAGUCUCUUUCCCUGCAGGGUGCCACUAGCGCCAGUGCCAGGCUCGCCCAGGCGCUCACUCAGCCUCGUUUUAGUCACCUUCAGCAUCUGAAUCUGGAGUUCGCACAGCCAAUCACAGACGCCGAUCUGCUGCUGCUUGCAGGGAAGCCCCUCGUGUCUCUGAAUCUCAACGCGUGUCAGCAAGUCACGGACCAAGGGGUCACCACUGCUGCUAAACUGCUCCCGAACCUCCAAUCCUUUUCUCUCUAUUGGAACCUCAGCUGCAGAACAUCACAGAACAUCACAGACACGGCACUCCGCUUCAUCAGCACCUCUCUCCCCAAUCUCAAGUCCCUAAACCUCACACGCUGUGUGCGGGCAACAGACACGGGCCUGAAGUACGUCACAUCAGGUUGCACUCAAUUGGAGGAGCUUCUGCUGUACGCCCUCUCUAGCUUCACUGACGAGUCCCUGGCAACAAUCGGCCGCCUCUCACACCUACGGGUGCUUGACCUCUGCGGCAUGAAACACCUGACAGACCAAGGACUGCAAGGCAUCGCGUGCUGCACUCACCUCAUAUCCCUCAACCUCUCUUGGUGUGUGCUUAUAACGGAUCAGAGCCUCAUCACAGUAGCAUCCUCCUGCCACUAUCUCGAGCUUCUGAGUCUCCAUGGCAUAAGGGGAGUCACAGAUGCGUCCAUGGCAGCUCUCUCUGCUUCGUGCGUCAACACUCUGCACACUUUGGAUGUCAAUGGCUGUGUGGGGAUAGAGGAUCGCUCCCAUGCUCAUUUGAAGGUGCUUUUCCCCAAGCUCACAUGCUUCACUGUUCACAAGUGACACUGUGGAUUCAUGUGUUUCGUAACAAUCACAAUUGCAACAACUAGGGCCUUGUUGAAUUAUGUAUGUUAGUAAAUAAUUGUAGACUUGGUAGGCGUUACUGAAACUUCCUAUAGAGGGUACAACACCCCUCCUUGUAUCCCUCUCUUCUAUUCUCGCUCUCUUUUCUCUCG